UUAUAUUUAUAUAAGAUAAUAAAAUUUUAUUCUUGCAGUAGAUAUGCAUUUGGAUUAUUUGACUUGAGAAUUCGAGGAGAAACUUUCCAAUCAUUCAAAAAAUGGCGCUAAUCACAUGAGUUUACUGAGAGCUCAUGGAAAUGCAUAAAACCCAUGUACAUAAUAUACUUUAUUCGAUACAUACACAAAGUCAGCUGGUUCAGUUAUCAACAAUAUUGCAGAUUAUGACAAUAAAUACAUAAAAAUAAAAUUAUCAUCAAUACUUGUAAGUUACUUUGCAUAAAAUUAUUUGUUUAUGACAAAUUGUUUGAUUGAAUGUCAUAAAUCUGAAUGUUCAUCUAUGUAAACUGUAUUUGUCGUGUAUAUUUAAAGGUUAAAUGGUAUUUUUGAAUGUUUUGUUAAAAAGUGUUAAUUGAAAAAAAUUUUACAAAUAAAAUGAGACGAAAAGCUGGAAUAGGAGCAAUUCACAAACAAAAAUUAGAGCAAGAAAGAUAUAAAGACAAGGGUACCGAAAUUCAGGAAAAUCAGUUUGAACAAAUGACCAAACAAAUGGAACUGUUUCGAACAAAUCUUGAAGAAUUUGCAUCAAAGCAUAAAAAUGAAAUUAAAAAGAAUGCUCAGUUUCGUCGACAAUUCACAGAAAUGUGUGCAUCAAUUGGAGUUGACCCUUUGGCAUCAGGAAAAGGUUUCUGGUCAGUGUUAGGUAUUGGAGAUUUUUAUUAUGAACUUGCUGUUCAAAUAGUAGAAGUCUGUAUGGCUACGAAUUACAAAAAUGGAGGAUUAAUAUCUCUUGAUGAACUUAGAGAUCGAUUGGUCCAAGCACGAGGAAAGAGGAAAGAACAUCAAGAAAUCACCAAUGAAGAUUUAUUAGCUGCUGCUAAAAAAUUACGGAUAUUUGGCAAUGGGUUUUCUGUGUUGCCUAUUGGAAGAGGAAAAUAUUUAGUUCAAUCAAUUCCAGGUGAACUUAGUAUGGAUCAUACAGCAGUUCUUCAACAGACAAGUUUAACAGGCAAUGCUUUUGCUUCAAUUUCUCUUUUACACAGAGAACUAAAGUGGGAACGGGAUAGAGCACAAAAAGCUCUUGAUCAUAUGGUUAAAAUGGGUCUAGCUUGGUUAGAUGAUCAGGCUGAGGAUGAAUUACUUUAUUGGUUUCCAAGUUUAUUUACAGCCUGCAUCGACUCUUCAGCAUAAUUUUCACUCUUAAAAUAUUCAUAAUAGAUGACAAUUUUACAAAAUAUAAAAGCAAAUUUGACAAACAUAAGAGGUUUUGUCAUCUUUCAUCAUCUUGGUCCAACCUGGUGAAAAACAAAUUAAAUUUAUUUAUUAUAUAUUUAGUUUAAUAUAAUUCUAAGAAAUUAUCUGAUACUCAACAAUUAAUAUUUUAAGAACAUAAUAAAUAAUCUCGAAUAUUACCUUUGCAUUAAUUGUGAUCGGCAAACGAUCACCUGCUGUCUACAAAGUGUUAAUUCUUUCUUCAAUUCCGUGUUUUCAUCUUUUAAUAAUUGUAGUUUUGAACGAAGUUCUUUAUAACGAUUAUAAAAUUUACUGGCUAGAGAUUGAGCUUCUUCUUUCCAUCUAAAAAAUU